AUGUUUCAGCAGAUUGCAGCUGAUGAACCUCCACCAGAAGGCUGCAGUGCAUUUGUGGUUAUCCAUGAGAAACACACCUGUAAGACUAAUGAAAUAAAAAAGCUGCUGAAGAAGGCUACUAAGAGACCUAGGCCAUAUCUUCUUAAGGGAGAUCACAAAUUCCCAGCUCUCAAAGAGGAUGGCCCAGUGGUUGUUCUUUAUGCAGAAAUGGGUACGAAAGACUUCGUCAAAUUCCACAAGAUUUUAUCUGAGAAAGCACAAAAGGAAGAAAUUGUUUAUGUUCUCCGGCAUUAUGUUCAGAAACCAAGUUCCAGAAAAAUGUAUUUAUCUGGGUAUGGUGUAGAACUUGCAAUAAAGAGCACAGAAUAUAAAGCAGUAGAUGACACACAGGUUAAAGGAGCAAAUGAGACAAAAGAAGAGGAAGAUGAGGAGGAAGAAAAUGAUGUCCAGGGAUUUCUCUUUGGCAAAUUAAGACAGAUGCAUCCUGAUCUAAAAAAUAAUCUGAAAGAGUUUAAAAAACAUCUAAUUGAAACUACUAACAACAUGGAACCGCUGAAAGUUUGGGAGCUACAGGAUCUUAGUUUUCAAGCAGCUGCUCGAAUUAUGUCUACUCCUGUUUAUGAUGCCUUAAAGGUAAUGAAAGACAUAGCUCAGAACUUCCCAAUAAGAGCCAGAUCACUGACUAGAGUGGCUGUAGACAAGAAAAUGCGAAUUGAAAUAGAAGAAAAUCAGAAGCAUUUUCAUGAAAAACUUGGAAUCCAACCUGGAGAAGCACGUUUAUUUCUAAACGGACUUCAUAUUGACUUGGAUUUUCAUGAUCCUUUUAGUAUUUUAGAGACCCUUAAACUGGAAGGAAAAGUGAUGCAUGGCCUUCAUGAACUUGGAAUCAAAGAGGAGAUCCUGAGUAAAUUUAUGAGGUUGCAUAUACAUCCUACAGAUAACAGUUAUGCACUAGAUAUUCGUCACUCUUCAAUAAUAUGGGUUAAUAACAUAGAACAAGAUCACAGCUAUAGCACGUGGCCUGCAAGCUAUCAGGAACUGCUAAAACCCUCAUUUCCUGGAGUUAUACAGCAGAUUAGACGCAAUUUAUAUAAUUUGGUACUUUUUGUUGAUCCUGUCCAAGAAGAUACAGGUGCUUAUAUGAAACUGGCAGAAUUAUUCUAUCAUCAUAAUGUACCACUUCGGUAA